UAAACUAUUUUUAAACUUUAGCAGAACAACAGUAACACAUAGAGAAAUUCGGGUGUCCUAGAUAUACCAUUACAGUGCGCGUUAAAAUCCCUCGAUUAAUGAAUUACCCUAAUUUUGUAUAGCGAUUAGUUAUUCAGAGAAACGUGCUCUGAAGGUAGAAAUAUAAUCAUACAAUAAUCUGUAUGCUAUAAAGUAAGCUAAUGUUCUUGUUUAUUCGUUCGGAGAUUGCCCUUUCCGCUGGAGACCUCGAGAUAGUUCAACCCGAUGAUCUGUGAUCGACUGCUUUGGCCUGGUGCUUUCCUGUUUGGAGUGGAAAGGGGACAUGGCGGCGCCCUCGUGUGAAAUGCAGCUUGCUCCUGUCAAAAAGACUACAGUCCGAGGACCCAGGCGAGUGGCCAAUCAGAUUCCAGAUGAGAUCCUGCGGGAUGCCAAUUUGCAGGAGGCCAUCAAAGGCCUGCCUGCAAAUUACAACUUUGAAAUCCACAAGACUGUGUGGCGAAUAAGACAAGCCAAAGCAACAAGAGUGGCUCUGCAGCUUCCAGAGGGCCUGCAGUUAUUUGCAUGUGUCAUCGCAGACAUCAUCGAGAGGUUCACAGAUGCGGACACCAUCGUGAUGGGGGACGUAACAUACGGGGCAUGCUGCCUGGAUGACUUCACAGCCCGUGCAUUGGGAGCUGACUUCAUGGUGCACUAUGGUCACAGUUGUCUUGUCCCCAUAGACUCCAACACCGGAAUUAAGAUGCUCUACGUGUUUGUGGACAUUCAGAUGGACAACGCACACUUCCUUGACACGGUCAAGUUCAACUUCCCUGCCGGAGAAUCACUGGCGCUUGUCAGCACCAUUCAGUUUGUGGCUGCACUGCAGGCAGUGAGUGCAGCCCUCAAGCCUGACUACGACGUGCUGGUCCCACAGUGUCGACCUCUGUCACCAGGGGAAAUUUUGGGAUGCACUUCUCCUCGCUUAGACCGCAACGUCAGUGCCAUAAUUUAUUUGGGAGAUGGAAGAUUUCACCUGGAGUCGAUCAUGAUAGCGAAUCCAGAUAUACCUGCCUACAGGUAUGACCCCUACAGUAAAGUAUUCUCCAGGGAGUAUUACAACCACGAGGCUAUGCGCGCCUUAAGGCAAGAGGCCAUCGACAAGGCACGCUCAGCCCAGAAAUGGGGUCUCAUUUUAGGUACGCUGGGCCGUCAGGGUAACCCAAAAGUUCUGGAGCACCUGGAAUCAAGGUUGCAGUCGCUGGGCAGGCGUUUCACUCGAGUUCUUCUGUCCGAGAUUUUCCCUAGCAAGUUGGAUCUACUGCCUGAUGUCGACGCGUGGGUGCAAAUUGCGUGUCCACGGCUGUCCAUCGAUUGGGGUUCUGCCUUCUCAAAACCCCUACUGUCUCCCUAUGAGGCAGCGGUGGCCCUCCAGGAAACGGACUGGAAGGAAGUCUACCCAAUGGACUUUUACUCCAAUCAAAGCUUGGGGCCAUGGACACCCAACCACCCAGAUAACCAGUCAGCUAGGCCCCCUCGAGCCCAAGCCCAGGUUCGCUCUCCAGCUGCUUGCCUGCAGAAAACUAACCAGCAGUGCGCCCACUGCAGCUGUAAAGGGGAAUGACGUGGGAACGCCUUUCAAGACUUGAUAAAAAAAAAGUGGGCGCACAUGAACAAAUGCUGUUAUCAAAAAAUAAUGCUGAUUUAGAAGAACUCCCAUUAGUCCGCUGAUUCAUUGUUAAAAAGCCCGAAGGAAAGGAACCAAACAACAGUUAGAGAGCGAGGAGGAAAUGUGACUCAUUGGUGAGUAAUGGAUGCUGCUGCUGCUGCUGCCCACUGCAUGUAUAGCUGCAGCACUCUCAUGCUCAGGGAUGUUUUUGCUCACUGUGUGAUUGACUUGCUUUAAGAACUGUACGUGUCAAACCU